AUGGCUUCAAGUGUUGAAAAACCAAACCAAACCACUACUCAACUAGAACCACUCCCACCAUCACCACAUCAUCAUCAUCAUCAUCAUCAUCAUCAAAAUAAUCAAAUUUCAUUUGGAAUGAUGCAAUCUUCUUCAUCAAACUCUCUCCCUGGAAACUUCAUAAAUAAAGAUUCAGCUUAUGAUUUGGGUGAAUUGGAUCAAGCACUUUUUCUCUAUCUUAAUGGACAAACAGACCCAUCAAGUAUUCAAGACCAAAAACAAAAUUCAACAUCAGGAAUGAGGCCACCAACUCUUAACAUUUUUCCUUCUGCGCCUAUGCAUGUAGAGCCAUCAUCUUCCAAUUCAAAGGCUAACAUGGAGUUAGUUUCUUCGGAAACAAGUGGAUCAAGGAAAACCAAUCUACUACCAAAACAAGUCUUCUCUGGCUCUGAACCAUCCAAAACUGUCAAGCAGCCAGAGAGAAAUCAUGGUAAGGGUCCAACUUCAAGUUCUGAACAUGAAGGACCUAAAACACCAGAUCCCAAGACACUGAGAAGACUUGCUCAGAAUAGAGAAGCAGCUAGGAAAAGCAGGUUGAGAAAAAAGGCAUAUAUUCAGCAGCUUGAGUCAAGCAGAAUCAGGCUUAGUCAAAUGGAACAAGAGCUACAGCGUGCUAGAAAUCAAGGCAUGUUCCUUGGUGGAGGUGCAGUUUUGGGAGGAGAACAAAACCUUCCUAUUUCAAUGAAUAGCAUUAGCUCAGAGGGUGCGAUGUUUGAUGUGGAAUAUGCGAGGUGGCUAGAGGAGCACCACCGUGUAGCAUGUGAACUAAGAGCGGCGGUUCAAGAGCACAUUCAUGAGGAUGAACUUAGAAUGUUUGUAGACAAAUUCUUGGCACAAUUUGAUCAACUAAUGCAUCUUAAGAGCUUAGUUGCAAAAGCAGACACAUUCCAUCUUGUUUCUGGCAUGUGGGUGACCCCGGUCGAACGUUGCUUCUUGUGGAUUGGUGGAUUCAAACCUUCUGAACUCAUCAAGAUUAUUGUGAGUCAAAUUGAGCCUGUAACGGAGCAACAAAUAAUGAGUAUAUACGGAUUGCAACAAUCUACACAAGAGGGUGAAGAUGCUCUCUCACAAGGACUUGAAGCUUUCAAUCAAUCUAUUUCAGAAACUUUAUCAUCAGAGUCACUAAGCUAUCCUCCAAAUCUGAAUAACUACAUGGAACAAUUGGCUAGGGCCAUGAACAAACUUUCCACUCUUGAAAGUUUUGUUAGAGAGGCAGAUAAUCUACGACACCAAACCAUUCAUCGUCUGAAUCAGAUCCUAACGACGCGACAAGCAGCAAGAUGUUUUGUUGCCAUGGCGGAGUACUUCCAUCGCAUGCGAGCAUUGAGUUCUCUCUGGUUGGCACGCCCUCGCCAAGAAUAG